AUGGCGCAUGCGGUCGGGCGCCUCGAGCUGGGUGGCAUGGAGCUCACGAGCUACCUCAUGCAGUUGCUGACAGAGCGCGGCUAUGCCUUCCACAGCACCAGCGACCGCCAGAUCGCGGACGACAUCAAGGAGACGAUCUGCUACGUGGCUUUGGAUUUCGCAGCUGAGUGCGCGUCGGACGUGCCAGAGAAGGAGGCUGCCUAUGAGCUGCCUUGUGCAGAUGUGAUCAUGGUGGGCGCUGAGCGGUUCAGGUGUUGCGAGCUUCUCUUCCAACCUGCGCUCAUGGGCUUCGAGUACCUGGGCAUCCAGGACUCGAUCAUCCAGUCUGUGUCCGAGUGCGACAUCGACACCCGAGGCGAGCUCUUCGCCAACGUGGUGUUGUCAGGAGGCAGUUCCCAGUUUCCGGGCUUUGCCGAGAGGCUGACCAAAGACUUGACAACCUUGGCCCCCCACGGCACGGCGGUCAACGUCGUUGCGCCCCCGUCGCGCCAGUACAGCUCCUGGCUUGGCGGAUCCAUUCUCGCCUCGCUGCCGGUCUUCCGCUCCACGUGGAUUUCGCGCGACGAGUACGACGAGGAUGGGCCAGCCCAGGUGCAUGAGAGGUGUGCGUGGUAG